AUGACGCAAGACCUUGCAAGACUGCCGGGGAAGACAAAGCGACUAUUGUACCACAUCGUGGACACACAGGCGCUGCGCCUCAACCAGGCACUAGUGACGUAUGGCGUGUCGUAUAUCUCGUUUAUUCCAAACGAGCUCCUCGAGAUGAUAUUUGUAGAGACAGUCAAAGCAACUAAAGCAGAUGAAGACUCCUCUUCUUCAUGCGUCCCCACCAGUUUACGCCUCCGCCCCAGGCCUGAGCUUCUGCUUGCGAGUGUUUCACAGCAUUGGAGAGCUGUGGCGCUCGGGAUGCCGUUGCUUUGGACAGAGAUUCGACUUUUCCUCCGGCAGAAUGUAGAUCUCGUCAAUCUUUACUUGACCCGCUCGCAAGGACAGCUGCUUGACAUGCGAUUCACUGGCAUUCACAGUCAGGGCUUGCCUGAGUUUGACCCAGAUUGUUUGCGCAUAUCCUGCAUUAUUCUUUCUCACAUUCAUGUCUGUCGCCGCUUGGAAGUUCACGGGGCUUUCCCAUUCCCAAAACUUCUAGAUGGGUUCAAGCACAUAAGGGCACCAAUGCUGGAAGAACUCAUCGUGCACUAUCCGCUUGACAUCCCGAAUAGCAGACAUCUCUUGUUCACCGAAGACUUGUUAUUGUCUGCAGACCGCCUUACGGCGCUCACCUUAAAUGGCUUGUGGGUUUCCGGUCUUUCCCCUGAGAAUUUCAGCAACCUGCUCUCUCAUCUCACUUCGCUGACUCAUCUCACGUUGAUCGGUGAACCAGUGGAUUAUGUUCGCAGCAGGGAUAUCCCAGUCGUCGAAUUACCUGUACUCCAGACAAUGAUCCUCAAACCCGGACCAAAUAUUUCCAGGACGUAUAUGCCUACCAUCUUCCGGGCAAUACGUGCCCCCGCGCUACGCGAGUUGGUAUUGGAUUUCCACACUGCGACCUCAUCACGUGAUCUCCAGUCGCUCGUGGACAAGUUGAACCGUGGAGCGCCGCCCUUCCCCUCUGUACGCCUUCUCACAUUGUGUAGCAGGUCCAUGGCAUACGACGGGUGGCAUGCCCUUGCCCAUGCAUUCUCAGGCAUAACGACACUCUCAGUCUCCAAGUGUAUCGUGAACCAGCUGAUGGGCUUCCUGUCAUGUGCGGGGAGACGAGAUGCAUUCCCGAAUUUGCGGACACUUUUGUUUGAUGAUAUGCAGUUCGAGUGGUCGUUGCUACUCCAACUAUUGCAGAUCAGGGAGGCGGCGGGGAUGCCUGUUCGCGAGGUCAAGAUGAGGGGUUUUAGGAAACAUGCGCAGUCCGAACUAGUUGGGAAGUUGGUGACUUCUCUUGCUACGUACACUCCCGUUGUGAUUGGUUGGACUUGA